AUGAGAAGCUGCCUCGUACAUCAGCUGCUGCUGAUACUUUUGCUGCUCACCGGCUAUUCGCACGCCGAUCCUGCCCCUCCGAAAAAUGCACUUCUUAUUUUGGCGGAUGACGCGGGUUUGGAAAUGAGAUCUUAUCUGAACAAAGUUUGCCAGACCCCGGAGCUCGACGGCCUGGCCAAGAGGGGCCUGAUCUUCAACAACGCCUACACCUCGGUCAGCAGCUGCUCGCCGAGUCGGGCAUCUCUGCUGUCGGGCCAACCGAGCCAUCAAAACGGCAUGUACGGGCUGCACCACGGGAUUCACCACUUUGACUCUUUUGGCGACAUCCAGACUCUGCCGAAAAUACUCAAGCGCAAGAACAUACGCACGGGUAUCAUAGGAAAGAAACACGUGGGGCCGAAGAAGGCAUAUCCUUUCGAUUUUUCCUACACCGAGGAAAACGAGUCCAUCCUCCAAGUUGGCCGCAACAUCACCCGGAUCAAACUACUCGUUCGCGAAUUUCUCGCUCAGAACAAAAGCCAGCCCUUCUUUCUUUACGUCGCCUUUCACGAUCCACACCGUUGCGGCCACAGUAACCCAGAGUACGGGAGCUUUUGCGAAAAAUUUGGCAAUGGCCAGCCAGGCAUGGGGAAAAUUCCCGAUUGGUCUCCCAUUUAUUACCAGUGGGAGCAGGUGAAGCUGCCCUACCACGUCCAGGACACCGAGGCAGCGAGAAGAGACAUUGCCGCCCAGUACACGACAAUGUCUCGUUUGGAUCAAGGCGUUGGUUUGAUAAUGAAAGAAUUGGAAAUGGCUGGAGUGAAGGACGAUACUCUAGUCAUUUACACCUCCGACAACGGGAUUCCAUACCCAAGUGGCAGAACAAAUCUUUAUGAUCCAGGUAUGAUUGAGCCAAUGAUCUUAUCAUCGCCAAAGCACAAACAGAGGCACAAUCAAGCCACAUACAGCAUGACUUCUCUUUUGGAUAUCGCACCAACGUUGAUCGAUUGGUUUGGCGUUACUGGGGAUAAAAAAGUUAAAAAAUAUCUUUCAACUUUGACUGGAAAAUCGUUGUUGCCUUUGUUGGAAAAAGAACCAGCUGAGAACAGCUCGGAUGCGGUUUUUGCAAGCCAAACUCAUCACGAAGUGACAAUGUAUUAUCCAAUGAGAGCCAUUAGAACCAAGAGAUACAAGUUGAUCCACAACUUGAAUUAUAAAAUGCCUUUCCCCAUUGAUCAAGACUUUUACAUUUCUCCAACAUUCCAGGAUUUAUUGAACAGAACUCGUAAUAACAAGCCACUCAAUUGGUACAAAACUAAUUUAAAAAAUUACUACUACAGACCAGAGUGGGAGCUGUAUGACUUGAAGUACGAUCCUGAAGAGUUGACUAACAUUGUAGAAAGAAAAGACUCCAAGCCAGUAUUAAAAGAAUUGAAAGAAAAACUUAGAGAUUGGCAGAAAAGGACUAAAGAUCCUUGGUUGUGUUCGCCAAGUGCCGUCUUAGAACCAUUCGAAGGAAACAAAAAUAAUUUACAAUGCAUGAACCUUGACAACUUUCAAUAUUAACCAAAGUAGUUGGUUUUUUGUUGUUGUUUUUCCAGAAAACUUUUAUAUUUUUAUACAUA